GGGAAAGCCUUCCUGCGCCUGCGCAGUUCCCGCUCGGCUCUCGCCAGAAGCAGCAGGAGGAGGCGGCGGCGGAGGAAGAGGAGGCGGAGGCUGCUCUCGCUGUGUGGAGAUAGCGUGAGGGGCAGCCCAGGCUCUGCCGCCACCCGGUUUCCCCAGGGAGGGAGGGAGAGGCACGGCGUGGGGAGGAGCAGCAGGAGGAGCGGCGCCUGCUGCGGCGGCGGCGGCGGCUCACGAGCAAGCGCCUCGGUCGGUCGGUCGGUGGGUCUGAGGCGAGGCUCCGGCUCGGCUCUCGGCGCCCGGUCGCAGCCUCCCUCCUCGCUCAGUCUCAGCCCGGGCCUCCCUCGCUCCCGCCCCUCUCUCUCUCUCUCUCUCCCUCCGACAACAUGUCGGCGCCGGCGGCCAAAGUCAGCAAGAAGGAGCUCAACUCCAACCACGACGGGGCCGACGAGAUCUCAGACAAAGAGCAACAGGAAGCAAUUGAACAUAUUGAUGAAGUACAGAAUGAAAUAGACAGACUGAAUGAACAAGCCAGUGAGGAAAUUUUGAAAGUAGAACAGAAGUACAACAAACUCCGCCAACCAUUCUUCCAGAAGAGGUCAGAAUUGAUCGCCAAAAUCCCAAACUUUUGGGUAACAACAUUUGUCAACCACCCACAAGUAUCUGCACUGUUGGGAGAGGAAGACGAGGAGGCGCUGCAUUAUUUGACCAGAGUUGAGGUGACGGAGUUUGAAGACAUCAAAUCAGGUUACAGAAUAGAUUUUUAUUUUGAUGAGAAUCCAUAUUUUGAAAACAAGAUGCUCUCCAAAGAGUUUCAUCUGAAUGAGAGUGGGGACCCAUCAUCAAAAUCAAGUGAAAUCAAAUGGAAGUCUGGGAAGGAUCUGACAAAGCGCUCGAGUCAGACGCAGAACAAGGCCAGCAGGAAGAGGCAGCAUGAAGAACCGGAGAGUUUCUUCACUUGGUUUACUGACCAUUCUGAUGCUGGUGCUGAUGAGCUAGGCGAGGUCAUUAAAGAUGACAUCUGGCCAAACCCAUUACAGUACUACUUGGUUCCUGAUAUGGAUGAUGAAGAAGGUGAAGGAGAGGAGGAUGACGACGAUGAGGAAGAGGAAGAAGGCCUGGAGGACAUCGAUGAGGAAGGUGACGAAGAUGAGGGCGAAGAAGAUGAAGAUGAUGACGAGGGAGAAGAAGGAGAGGAGGAUGAAGGAGAAGAUGACUGAACACUGACAGAUUCCAACCACCCCUUCCCCCCCUCUCCAGUCCCUGGGAGCAAGUUGCUGUCUAUUCCCUUCCCCCCCUUCCCUUUUGUGCUCAGUCGCCUUGUUCUCCUGAGGUCUUUUCUCCUCUCCUCUCUUCACCAUGGUUCACAAAUAAUUUUGGAGAAAAUAUAAAGCUGAAUUGCAGUGGAAAAGAAUCUCUACUCAUUUCAAUUUUUUUUAUCUGUUUUGAAACAAACAAAAAACUGUUAGUGGAAUCCACACGCCGUGUUCUUUGGGGAAGAAAGAGAAGCUUCUGCGCUCCCUUCACUCUGCUGGAAGCUGAAGAGUGCUAGGCCCCUGUGUAGUAGUGCAUAGAAUCUAGCUUUUUCCUUCUUUCUCUGUAUAUUGGGCUCAGAGAUUACACUGUGUCUCUAUGUGAAUAUGGACAGUUAGCAUUUACCAACAUGUAUCUGUCUACUUCUCUUGUUUAAAAAAAAAAACAGAAAAAAGCUAAAAAAAAUGGGAGGGGUUAUAGACAGGGUAAGCAAGGGGUGGGUUUCAGAUGUUGGGGUGGGUUAAAUGGGCAUUUUGACAAAACAAGGCUUCUCCUUUGGCAUGUUUAAUCGUGAUGUUUAAUAAACAUCCUUGCAGUUUAAAAGAUGACACUUUUAAAGGAAAAAAAUCAAAUUCUCUCCUAAUGAUUACAGUUGAGCCCUGCCACUUGAUGGAGAAUCAGCAGAACCUGUAGGAUCUUAUUUGGAAUUUACAUUCUCUAUUGUAAUUUUGUUCUUUGUUUUGUUUUUCAAUUUUUUUUGUUUCACUGGAAAAGAAAGAUGCUCAGUUUUAAACGUUAAAAAGUGUACAAGUUGCUUUGUUACAAUAAAACUUAAUGUGUACACAAGGGGGCUGAUAGUCUUCACUGGGGAAAAAAAGCACGCUUCAGACCCAACUCCAGUUAGUUUGGUUUCUCCACAUGGAAAUUAGAACUGUUAGGACUAAUACUAUUUUGAAAGGAAGAAAACAAAGUCAGUUGUACAUUUUUAAAAACACACAUUGCAGUCUUCCCUUCACUAAAACUAGCCUCUCAUCCAGACUAUCUCUUGAAAGUGUAAUGUUUUGAGGAUUCAGGUGUAAACAGAAGAGGCAUUUGCCUAUGUGCUAUCCCAGCUUUCUGAAAGGUCGCUUAGUGCCUGCUCGCUUCUUCCAGUCAAUGUGGAAGAGUUGGCAGUUUGCAUAUCAACUGGUAACCAAACUUAAGGAGAGCUGACCUCACUGGCUUAAUUUGAUCAAGACUCCCAGUCAGUUUGGGGGCCAGGUAGAGAAGAGACUGCUUUAACACCAAGGGGCUACUGUGAGAUUGAUAGGAGUGAUGCUUUGAGAAAUAUAUUCAAUGUAGGUGGAAUUAUGUAACUACAUCUAUUGGUAUCAAUAAAGAUCAUCACUGGAUUGGCA